AGUUGAAGAAUCUAUGAAUUAUGGGAACAUCAUGUAUGACAGAAGGGUGAUCCGAGGCAACACCUAUGCAUUGCCCACAGGACAGGUGGACAGUUCCAGUGAAGAAAAAACCCUGAACAUUCAUCGAGACAAGGUUUUAUAGAAAGCAGCAAACGAGGGCAACUCCAAAGGCCAGGAAGCAUGGCUGAUACUUUAAACCCUGAAAGACAUAACUUCCAGCCAAGGUUGUUGUCUCCAGGACAUCUGUCUUCCAAGGCUAUGAUGAAAUCAGGACAUUGGAGGGCAAUCCAUCACUUGAGAAGCUACUUAAAGAAUGCUCUACUCAGUGGAGGAAGACAGUCUGAGGAAAAGGGAAUCUUACAUCAGAAAUAGAUUAACAAAGGAAUCUAUCGUGUCCAACACAGUAAACAAGAAAUCCCCAACACCAAUCAAUAAAAACAUCAAUCCAACAAAACAGGCAUUAGUAGACAUCUCUCAAUAACUCCAUAUGCAAAUGAUCCAAAUCACUAGAAAAGAGCUACAGGCUGGCUGAUUGGGUUAAAAAUUAUUUCUACUAUCUGUUAUAUCCAAGAAAAAGCUCACUGCUGAGAGUCUAGAACCAAAGAAUGAAGUCAGUUUAAGCAGAAGCCAAAAAUAAGCUGGCACAGGUGGCUUUUUUGGCAUGUGAUAAAGCCAACUGCAAACCAAAGAAGAGAUAAAGAAGGCCACUGUACAUUAAUGAGGGACUGGCCCACCAAGAUCAACACUUAUAAAUACACAUGUCAAAUGUUUUGUAAAACAAGUACAAAUGAGCACAAAAGGCCUCAUGGAUCCUGCUACAAUAAGAAUAGAUGGUCUCAGUACCCCAUUCUCAUCUUUAGAUAGGCUAUUAAAACUAAAAAUUAACCAACUCCAGGGUUAAACUGUACCAUAGAUCAAACAGAUCAAACAUUGACAGAAUAUUCCAACCAACAAAAUGAAAUGUGCACUUCCUCUAGCAACCCCUGGACUUUUUCUAAAGUGGACCACAUUCUAGAUCACAAAGAAAGAAUAAAUACAAAAAAGAGGUGCUUUUCAAUGAUAUGACUCGUUUAGAACGUGUUCUUAAAGCUAUAAUUUACCUCUCUAAUUUCUGUGCCAUCUGAUCUAUUAUGUUUUAAAUUAUUGCCUUUUGUAAUGUUCAUACAUUCAUUAAAUUAGACAUUUUUUAAAUAUUUAUUUAUUUAUUUAUUUCAUGUACUGUCUCUGACUUCAUACACACCAGAAGAGGGCAUCAGAUCCCACUACAGAUGGUUGUGAGCCACCAAGUGGUUGCUGGGAAUUGAACUCAGGACCUCUGGAAGAGCAGUCAGUGCUCUUAACCGCUGAGCUAUCUCUCCAGCCCCUAAAUAAAGCAUUUUUAAAUAAUAAGACAAUACAAAAGAAUCAAAAUAAUUUUUAUUCCUUAUCAGAUCAUAGUGGAAUAAAAGGGGAAAAACCCUACUGAAAUAAAUUCUCAACGACUGAACAAUAUACUGUUGAAUACCCCAGAUGCACUGUAGAAAUCAGGGUGGCAGUUAUGAGAGGAGGUUUAUAACUAAAUUAGAUCGAGAGACUGGACAUGGUAGCAUGUAUCUGUAGUCCCAGCAUUUGAGAGGCUGAGGCCAGAGGAGCACCACGAGUUAAAGUUCAGCUUUGACAUACAUAGGGAGUUCCAUGCCAACCUGGGUUACAAAGUAAAAUGCUUGUCUCAAAACAACAACAGCAACAAUCAGAGAUCUCAAAUAAGUGGCCUAAUGAUGUGCCCCAAGAAUGAGAAGAACAAGAACAAGCCAAAGCUAAAAGCAGGAAGUGACAAGAAACAAUAAAGACCAGGUUAGAGGUCAGUGAAGGAGACUCCAUUCACCCAAAGUUUUUGCAAGGACAGACAAGAUUGACAGGCUCUAACCAAACUAACCAGAAGCGAGAGAAAAGCUAAUUAAUAAAGCUAUUGGUAAAAGUGGGAGUUUACAAACUCCAGAUAAUCAUUGGGGAAUACUUUGAAAACAUGUUUUUUGUUUUGCUUUUUUUAAUGGAAACUCUUGGUUCUGAAGAGAGCAGUGGCUAAUCUUCCAGAGGACCUGUUUUUAGUCAUGGUAUAUAAUCUUUUAAAUAUGUUGUUGAAUAAGAUUUUCAAGAAUUUUACUGGGAAAUGUGUCUGUGUUCAUCAGGGAAAUUGAUUUGUAGUUUGCCUCUGUGUGUCCUCAUAUGGCUUUGGCCUUGGGACCACACUGCCUUUCUAGCACAGAUGUAAUAUUCCUCCAUUGUGUUUGUAGACAACUUUGAGGAGUAUUGAAAGACCCUAAAAACUAUUUGUUUAGUUUGUGUUUCCAGCACCGACAUGGCAGCUCACAAUCAUAUGUAAGUCCAAGUCCAGAGGUCUAAAGCCCUCCUCUGGCUUCUGAAGGCACUGGGCAAUUACAUGAUGCCCAGGCACACAUGCAUGCAAAAUAUACACACAGAUAUAUAGAUAUAGAUACAGAUAAAAUUAAAGUGAAAUAAUGGGAAAUCUAGAAAAAUGGAUAAAAACACAAAUGACCUACCAAAGUUAAGUCACAAAGAGAUGAGUAACUUACCCAGACCCAUAACAAGUAAUGAGUUUAAACCAGUAAUAAAGUUUCCCCAAAGAAAAGGUAAAGGAUAGAUGCAGUCACUGCCAAAUUGUCCCAAACCUUGAAGAAAGAGCUGAGCAGUGCUCUCCAAAGCAGUUACAGCAUAGGAAGACAAUCAUACCUGCUCUAGAAAACUGGUGUUUCCUGGUGCCAGAGCCAGGGGAGGACAUGGCAAAGAAACAAAACUACAACCAAUACAAACCAGUUUCCCUGAUGAACACACAUGAACUCCCAUGAUUCGUAUUCAGCAACAUAUUAAAAAAGAUGUGCCUGUGACCAAGGUGGUUUCAUCCCACGGAAGCAAGAUUGACCCACAGAUGCAAAUGAUUGCCAUAGAUGGAUGUGUGAACAGAAAGCAGGAGAUAACUGUGUACAGAGAGCCCCUGUGGUAAGUGCUCAGCUCCUGCCUGAUGAACAGGAGAGCACCCAAAGCAUAAUAAACAUGCACCCAACAGGACCCUAAAUGGAGAAACACCGAAAACAUUUCCUCUAAAAUCAGGAGCUAGGCCAGUACAUCCACUCUUAUUCAAUAUAAUACUCAAUAUCUUACCUAAAGCAUAAAGCAAGAGAGAAACAAAAAGAACAUGUGCAGGAAAGGAGCAAGUCAAAGUUUCCCAUACUUCAGAGACCCUAAUGAUGCCCCCAGAGACCUGAUAAACACUUUCAGCAUAGUACCAAGAUACAAAAUCAACAACUACCACUAAAAUCAAAAUCAACACAACAAUAACAAACUUACAGAGAAAGAAAUCAGGAAAAACUUCCAUUGACAGUAGCUUCAAAGCAUAGAAAGAUACUGAAGGAAGAGAAAGAUGUCUAUACCUAAGGAAGAAGUUAAAGUUAGCAGUGCAAAUGGGAAGACAUCAUACUCAUUGAUUGGCAUAAUAAUGCAAAUAUGUUUAUUAUCCAAGGUGGUCUAAAGAUUCUGUGCAAUUCUCAUCAAAAUUUCAGUCACAUUCUUAGCAGAGAUAGAAAAACAACACUCGAAGUUCUGUGGAAUCACCACAGACCCCAAAUGCCAAGGCAGUCCUAAGUAGAAAGAGCAGGGGCACUUGGGGGCACUGAGGCAGAAGGAUCAUUAGGUUGAGGCCGGUCUGAGCUAUGUAGGGAUCCUUGCUUUAAAGAAGCAAUGAGGAGAAAAUUGCAAAUGGACAGGUUUAAAUGUGAAAUAUAAAAAAAAUUCGUAUGAUCCUGAGAGGGUGGCUCUCACAGAAACAAAGCUGGAGUGAUGACAAGCCCUGUAAAGAAGCAGAAGGGCAAGCUACAAAACUUACAAACCACUCCAACAGGUAAACAGCAUGCUGAUGAAGGGCUUAUGGAAAUUAUAAUUCUCAAAACUUAAAAGCUAAAAAUAUGCAAACCAAUUAGAAAAUGUCAAAAGUUGUGAGCCAUAGGAGAAGAUAAUCCUGACAGACACAUCAAAAGAUGUAGCAUUAGCCAUUAGGGAAAUACGAUUUUAAGCUGUGGUGACAUAGUUACUACACACCUAUUACCACACUAACAUUUAAAAACUGACAAUAAGGGCUUCAAGGGUCCAUAGAAAUGGAAAGAUACAUUCAAACUUACAGCUGCAUCUACCUGUUUCAAACAGAUAACGCUUCUAUACAUAAGCCUGCAUAUGAGCAUUCAUAGCAACCUGUAUUGUCAUAUUCUUAAUAUUUUUUUCAUGAGGUAAAUGAUGAAAAUGUGUCCGUCCAACCAAAUUGUACUCAGCAAAGGCAGAGUUGUGGGGUAGAGGUGCUGGGAAGGUGGCUUAGCAGUUAGAGGAGCUGAGUUUGUUUGCCAGCACCAAUGUUGGGUAACUCAUAACUACUUGUAACUCCAGCUCCGUGGUAAUCUAAUGCCAUCUUAUAAACCCCAGCACAAGUAGGGGCAGGCAGGUGGGUUAUUGGGACAUGGUAAGGUCCUAGAUGACUCAGGUGACUACUUAGGAAAAAGCAAGUCACUUUCAAGGUGUUAUGUGCUAUAAGGUUCCUUGCGUAUAACACUUUUUUAAAAGUAUUUUAUUUAUUUAUUUUAUGUAUAAGUGCUCUGUCUGCAUGUACAACUGCAUGCCAGAAGAGGGCAUCAGAUCUCAUUACAGAUGGUUGUGAGCCACCAUGUGGUUGCUGGGAAUUGAAAUUGGGAUUUCUGCAAGAGCAGACAGUGCUCUUAACCACUGAGCCAUCUUCCCAGGCCCAACAUUUUUUAAAAAAUAAAAUAGUUAAUAAGACUUUUGGGUGCACGGGGGCACCGGGAAAAGGCGGCGCAGGCCCUCCUGGUUACCGCCCUCACGGAGAGCUCAAAAGCAGCCCCCCACAAGCAACAGGUAAGACCAACUUUUUUUUUCCUUUAUUAACUUGACUAUUUCUUAUUUACAUUUUGAUUGUUAUUCCCUUUCCCGGUUUCCGGGCCACCAUCCCCCUAACCCCUCCCCCUCCCUUCAAUAUGGGUGUUCCGCACCCCAUCCUCCCCCCAUUACCGCCCUCCCCCCAAUAAUCACGUUCACUGGGGGUUCAGUCUUAGCAGGACCAAGGGAUUCCCCUUCCACUGGUGCUCUUACUAGGCUAUUCAUUGCUACCUAUGAGGUUGGAGCCCAGGGUCAGUCCAUGUAUAGUCUUUGGGUAGUAAGACCAACUUUUCUGCUCCAAGCGACCCUAGUGGACUCAGGACACAGGCUCACAGGAACAGCUGAAGACCAGUAGACAGGAAAGACUACAUGCCCGAAAGCAGAACACUCUGUUCCCACAACUGGCUGAAAGAAAACAGGAAAACAGGUCUACAGCACUCCUGACACACAGGCCUAUAGGAAGGUCUAGCCACUGUCAGAAAUAGCAGAACAGGUAACACCAGAGACAACCUGAUGGCGAGAGGCAAGUGCAGGAACCCAAUCAACAGAAACCAAGACUACAUGGCAUCAUCGGAGACCAAUUCUCCCACCAAAGCAAACACUGAAUAUCCAAACACACCAGAAAAGCAAAAUCUAGAUUUAAAAUCACGUUUGAUCAUGAUGCUGGAGGACUUCAAGAAAGGCAUGAAGGACUCCCUUAGAGAAAUCCAGGAAAACAUAAAUAAACAAGUAGAAGCCUAUAGAGAGGAAUCACAAAAACCCCUGAAAGAAUUCCGGGAAAACAAUCAAACAGGUGAAGGAAUUAAAAAUGGAAAUAGAAGCAAUAAAGAAAGCACAAAGGGAAACAACACUGGAUAUAGAAAACCAAAGGAAGAGACAAGGAGCCGCAGAUACAAGCAUCACCAACAGAAUACAGGAGAUAGAAGAGAGAAUCUCAGGAGCAGAAGAUUCCAUAGAAAUCAUCGACACAACGGUCAAAGAUAAUGUAAAACAAAAAAAGCUACUGGUCCAAAACAUACAGGAAAUCCAAUCAAAACUAAGGAUAAUAGGUAUAGAAGAGAGUGAAGACUCCCAGCUCAAAGGACCAGUAAAUAUCUUCAACAAAAUCAUAGAAGAAAACUUCCCUAACCUAAAGAAAGAGAUACCCAUAAACAUACAAGAAGCCUACAGAACUCCAAAUAGAUUGGACCAGAAAAGAAACUCCUCCCAUCACAUAAUAGUCAAAACACCAAAUACACAAAACAAAGAAAGAAUAUUAAAAGCAGUAAGGGAAAAAUGUCAAGUAACAUAUAAAGGCAGACCUAUCAGAAUCACACCAGACUUCUCACCAGAGACUAUGAAAGCCAGAAGAUCCUGGACAGAUGUCAUACAGACCCUAAGAGAACACAAAUGCCAGCCCAGGUUACUGUAUCCUGCAAAACUCUCAAUUAACAUAGAUGGAGAAACCAAGAUAUUCCAUGACAAAACCAAAUUUACACAAUAUCUUUCUACAAAUCCAGCCCUACAAAGAAUAAUAAAUGGUAAAGCCCAACAUAAGGAUGUAAGCUACACCAUAGAAAAAGCAAGAAACUAAUCGUCUUGGCAACAAAACAGAAGAAAAGCACACAAACAUAAUCUCACAUUCAAAUAUGAAUAUAACAGGAAGCAGUAAUAACUAUUCCUUAAUAUCUCUCAAUAUCAAUGGUCUCAACUCCCCAAUAAAAAGACAUAGAUUAACAAACUGGAUACGCAAUGAGGACCCUGCAUUCUGCUGCCUACAGGAAACACACCUCAGAGACAAAGACACUACCUCAGAGUAAAAGGCUGGGAAACAACUUUCCAAGCAAAUGGUCAGAAGAAGCAAGCUGGAGUAGCCAUUCUAAUAUCGAAUAAAAUCGAUUUUCAACUAAAAGUCAUCAAAAAAGAUAAGGAAGGACACUUCAUAUUCAUCAAAGGAAAAAAUCCACCAAGAUGAACUCUCAAUCCUAAAUAUCUAUGCUCCAAAUACAAGGGCACCUACAUACAUAAAAGAAAUCUUACUAAAGCUCAAAGCACACAUUGCACCUCACACAAUAAUAGUAGGAGAUUUCAACACCCCACUCUCAUCAAUGGACAGAUCAUGGAAAUAGAAAUUAAACAGAGACAUACACAGACUAAGAGAACUCAUGAGCCAAAUGGACUUAACAGAUAUUUAUAGAACAUUCUAUCCUAAAGCAAAAGGAUAUACCUUCUUCUCAGCACCUCAUGGUACUUUCUCCAAAAUUGACCAUAUAAUUGGUCAAAAAACAGGCCUCAACAGAUACAGAAAGAUAGAAAUAAUCCCAUGUGUCCUAUCAGACCACCACGGCCUAAAGCUGGUCUUCAAUAACAGUAAGGGAAGAACGCCCACAUAUACAUGGAAGUUGAACAAUGCUCUACUCAACGAUAACUUGGUCAAGGAAGAAAUAAAGAAAGAAAUUAAAGACUUCUUAGAAUUUAAUGAAAAUGAAGGUACAACAUACCCAAACUUAUGGGACACAAUGAAAGCUGUGCUAAGAGGAAAACUCAUAGCUCUGAGUGCCUGCAGAAAGAAACAGGAGAGAGCAUAUAUCAGCAGCUUGACAGCACACCUAAAAGCUCUAGAACAAAAAGAAGCAAAUACACCCAGGAGGAGUAGAAGGCAGGAAAUAAUCAAACUCAGAGCUGAAAUCAACCAAGUAGAAACAAAAAGGACCAUAGAAAGAAUCAACAGACCCAAAAGUUGGUUCUUUGAGAAAAUCAACAAGAUAGAUAAACCCUUAGCCAGACUAACGAGAGGACACAGAGAGUGUGUCCAAAAUUAACAAAAUCAGAAAUGAAAAGGGAGACAUAACUACAGAAUCAGAGGAAAUUAAAAAAAUCAUCAGAUCUUACUAUAAAAGCCUAUAUUCAACAAAACUUCAAAAUCUGCAGGAAAUGGACAAUUUCCUAGACAGAUACCAGGUACUGAAGUUAAAUCAGGAACAGAUAAACCAUUUAAUCAACCCCAUAACUCCUAAGGAAAUAGAAGCAGUCAUUAAAGGUCUCCCAACCAAAAAGAGCCCAGGUCCAGAUGGGUUCAGUGCAGAAUUCUAUCAGAAGACUUCGUAUCAAUACUAUCCAAACUAUUCCACAAAAUUGAAACAGAUGGAGCACUACCGAAUUCCUUCUAUGAAGCCACAAUUACUCUUAUACCUAAACCACACAAAGACCCAACAAAGAAAGAGAACUUCAGACCAGUUUCCCUUAUGAAUAUCGACCCAAAAAUACUCAAUAAAAUUCUGGCAAACCGAAUCCAAGAGCACAUCAAAACAAUCAUCCACCAUGAUCAAGUAGGCUUCAUCCCAGGCAUGCAGGGAUGGUUUAAUAUACGGAAAACCAUCAACGUAAUCCAUUUUAUAAACGAACUGAAAGAACAAAACCACAUGAUCAUUUCAUUAGAUGCUGAGAAAGCAUUUGACAAAAUUCAACACUCCUUCAUGAUAAAAGUCCUGGAAAGAAUAGGAAUUCAAGGCCCAUACCUAAACAUAGUAAAAGCCAUAUACAGCAAACCAGUAGCUAAUAUUAAACUAAAUGGAGAGAAACUUGAAGCAAUCCCACUAAAAUCAGGGACUAGACAAGGCUGUCCACUCUCUUCCUACUUAUUCAAUAUAGUUCUUGAAGUUCUAGCCAGAGCAAUCAGACAACAAAAGGAGAUCAAAGGGAUACAGAUUGGAAAAGAAGAAGUCAAAAUAUCACUAUUUGCAGAUGAUAUGAUAGUAUAUUUAAGUGAUCCCAAAAGUUCCACCAGAGAACUACUAAAGCUGAUAAACAACUUCAGCAAAGUGGCUGGGUAUAAAAUUAACUCAAAUACAUCAGUAGCCUUCCUCUACACAAAAGAGAAACAAGCCGAGAAAGAAAUUAGGGAAAUGACACCCUUCAUAAUAGUCCCAAAUAAUAUAAAAUACCUCGGUGUGACUUUAACCAAGCAAAUAAAAGAUCUAUAUGAUAAGAACUUCAAGCCUCUGAAGAAAGAAAAUGAAGAAGACCUCAGAAGAUGGAAAGAUCUCCCAUGUUCAUGGAUUGGCAGGAUUAAUAUAGUAAAAAUGGCCAUUUUACCAAAAGUGAUCUACAGAUUCAAUGCAAUCCCCAUCAUAGUAGCAAUCCAAUUCUUCAGAGAGUUAGAACAAUUUGCAAAUUCAUCUGGAAUAACAAAAAACACAGGAUAGCUAAAACUAUCCUCAACAAUAAAAGGACUUCUGGGGGAAUCACUAUCCCUGAACUCAAGCAGUAUUACAGAGCAAUAGUGAUAAAAACUGCAUGGUAUUGGUACAGAGACAGACAGAUAGACCAAUGGAAUAGAAUUGAAGACCCAGAAAUGAACCCACACACCUAUGGUCACUUGAUUUUUGACAAAGGAGCCAAAACCAUCCAAUGGAAAAAAGAUAGCAUUUUCAGCAAAUGGUGCUGGUUCAACUGGAGGUCAGUAUGUAGAAGAAUGCAUAUUGAUCCAUGCUUAUCACCCUGUACAAAGCUUAAGUCCAAGUGGAUCAAGGACCUCCACAUCAAACCAGAUACACUCAAACUAAUAGAAGAAAAAGUGAGGAAGCAUCUCGAACACAUGGGCACUGGAGAAAAUUUCCUGAACAAAACACCAAUGGCUUAUGCUCUAAGAUCAAGAAUCGACAAAUGGGAUCUCAUAAAACUGCAAAGCUUCUGUAAGGCAAAGGACACUGUUGUUAGGACAAAACGACAACCAACAGAUUGGGAAAAGAUCUUUACCAAUCCUACAACAGAUAGAGGGCUUAUAUCCAAAAUAUACAAAGAACUCAAUAAGUCAGACCAUUUAAUAAAUAACCCCAUUAAAAAAUGGGGUUCAGAGCUAAACAAAGAAUUCACAGCUGAGGAAUGCUGAAUGGCUGAGAAGCACCUAAAGAAAUGUUCAACAUCUUUAGUCAUAACGGAAAUGCAAAUCAAAACAACCCUGAGAUUUCACCUCACACCAGUGAGAAUGGCUAAGAUCAAAAACUCAGGUGGCAGCAAAUGCUGGCGAGGAAGUGGAGAAAGAAGAACACUCCCCCAUUGUUGGUGGGAUUGCAGACUGGUACAACCAUUCUGGAAAUCAGUCUGGAGGUUCCUCAGAAAAUUGGACAUUGAACUACCUGAGGACCCAGCUAUACCUCUCUUGGGCAUAUACCCAAAAGAUGCCCCAACAUAUAACAAAAACACGUGGUUCACUAUGUUCAUAGCAGCCUUAUUUAUAAUAGCCAGAAGCUGGAAAGAACCCAGAUGCCCUUCAACAGAGGAAUGGAUACAGAAAAUGUGGUACAUCUACACAAUGGAAUAUUACUCCACUAUCAAAAACAAUGACUUUAUGAAAUUCAUAGGCAAAUGGAUGGAACUGGAAAAUAUCAUCCUGAGCGAGGUAACCCAAUCACAGAAAAACACACAUGGUAUGCACUCAUUGAUAAGUGGCUAUUAGCCCAAAUGCUUGAAUUGCCCUAGAUGCACAGAACACAUGAAACUCAAGAGGGAUGACCAAAAUGUGAAUGCCUCACUCCUUCUUUAAAAGGGGAACAAGAAUACCCUUGGCAGGGAAUAGGGAGGCAGAGUUUAGAACAGAGGCAGAAGGAACACCCAUUCAGAGCCUGCCCCACAUGUGGCCCAUACAUAUACAGCCACCCAAUUAGACAAGAUGGAUGAAGCAAAGAGGUGCAGGCCGACAGGAGCCGGAUGUAGAUCUCUCCUGAGAGACACACCCAGAUUACAGCAAAUACAUAGGCAAAUGCCAGCAAAAAACCACUGAACUGAGAACAGGACCCCCGUUGAAGGAAUCAGAGAAAGGACUGGAAGAGCUUGAAGGGGCUCGAGACCCCAUAUGAACAACAAUGCCAACCAACCAGAGCUUCCAGGGACUAAGCCACUACCCAAAGACUAUACAUGGACUGACCCUGGGCUCCAACCUCAUAGGUAGCAAUGAAUAGCCUAGUGAGAGCACCAGUGGAAGGGGAAGCCCUUGGUCCUGCCAAGACUGAACCCCCAGUGAACGUGAUUGUUGUGGGGAAGGUGGUAAUGGGGGGAGGAUGGAGAGGGGAAGCCCAUAUAGAAGAGGAGGGGGAGGGGUUAGGGGGAUGUUGACCCAGAAACCAGGAAGGGGAAUAACAAUCAAAAUGUAAAUAAGAAAUACUCAAGUUAAUCAAGAUAAAAAAAAAAGACUUUUAAGUGUGCCCAAUUCACAGAAAUGACAGAUAUAGUCAUUGUUAUAAUCUGAUCACAACACAUUGUAUCGGUGUGUUGAAAUGUCACACUGUGACCUGUAAAUAUGUACAGUUCCUUUAUGAAGAUUAAAAAUAAAAACAUGGAGGCUGGGAGAUGGUCAGUAGGAAAGUGUCUGUCUUGUAAGCAUGAGAACUUGAGUCUGAUCUCCAGAACCCACUAAAAAAAAAGCUGGGUCUAGGGGAGCACACUUGAUAUCCCCGAACUGGGAAGGUAUAUACAGGAGGAUCCCCAGGGCCCGCUGGCCACCUGUCUAGGCUAAUGAGUAGACUCCAGGCCAGUGAGAAACCAUGUCUCUUAGGUGGUGGUGGCAUUUCUGAGGAUGACACCCAGGGUUGUCCUCUGGCCUUUGUACAUGUGCUAUGGUUCAUGGACUACCAGCCCACACUCGCAGACAUGAACUUGCACAUAUACAAAUACAUAGUCAUACAAGAUUUAAAAUGUGUUCAAGUUUCAAAUAUUGAAACUUUUUUCAUUCAAAAUACUAUCCAAUUUCCCUUUUCCUUUCAUAAUUGUAUUGAGUUACAACAGGCAGUGUCUCCAGCCCUCUUAAUAGCUUAUUUUGUGUACUUGAAGAAGCUUUCUUUGGACUCAGGAUGUUUUCUCUUUGAACUGAACUGAUAAAAAUUCAAGGGAAAUCUAUUCCCUUAAACUCAGAUUUAAAAAAAAUAAUAAUGGUUUUCCAUUUCUUUACUAUCACUAAAAAUUUACUGUAACAGAAUACACACACACACACACACUUUACUAGGCACCAGAAGAAUUAGUGGUAAAAGUGCUUAAUAGAGAGAAAUAGGGUUAGUAGGACUCUGUACCCAUGUGUCCCACUGUGCGUUUGCUGUUAGCUUUGUGUCAGCUGACCACAUCCCAACAAAAUGGCCCUCAUCACACCAGUAAUCAUCAGGAGCCAUUAGCUGACACAGCUUUGCUGCUAGCCAGGGGUGGCCUGGUCCGUGUCAGCAGCUGUCUGCUUUGAGAAGUACUGUCUGCUCUUUCUAAGCCUUGUCUGUCCCUCUCAGCCUGGACAGCCGGACCCUCUAGAGCUUCAGCAGCAGCAGCAGGCCAGAAGAAGGGCUCUUGCCAGAAAACGAGCCCAACAGCAACUCAGACCACGAA